AUGACCAAAUUGGCCGUGGGGUCGUUAUUUAUUGUUGCUGGUGGCUUUGCCUUCAACAGUUACGUGAAUAGAGUUACCCGUAGUGAUGGCAAAUCCACUAUCAAACCAUUUGUCACUCAUUUACCUAAACCCCCCUCCAGAGAUGAGUUGCUUCGUCGAUUAGGACGUCCUAUAUCCAGUGAUGAAAAAAAGCAUGUCUCUAUCAAAGAUGUGCAAAGUAAAUUUGAUCUCGUUGUCAUUGGAGGAGGUGCUGUCGGCACAGGAGCAGCAUUGGAUGCUACUCUAAGAGGACUUAAGGUGCUUCUUGUUGAAAAGAAUGAUUAUGCUUCUGGUACCUCGUCGAAAUCCACUAAGAUGGCACAUGGGGGUAUCCGAUAUUUGGAAAAAGCUGUGUUCCAAUUGUCCAAGGUUCAAUUGGAUCUAGUGAUUGAAGCAUUACACGAGAGAGCUUCUAUUCUUGAAAAUGCCCCCCAUUUGGCUAUCUGCCUCCCAAUAUGCAUUCCUGUUUAUAAGUGGUAUCAAGUACCUUAUUUCUACGCUGGCUGUGCUUUAUACGAUAUGUUUGCAGGUUCACAGGGUAUCCGACAUUCUUACGUCAUGACCAGACAUGCUACAUUAGACGAACAUCCGCAAUUGAAUCCUAAUGGUCUUGUAGGAGGCUUGGUUUAUCAUGACGGCUUGUUUAAUGAUGCUAGAAUGAAUGUUGCUUUAGCUCUUACGGCGGAGCAACAUGGUGCGACUGUUUUGAAUUAUAUGAAUGUGGAGCAGUUCUUAAAAGAUGGAGAUGGCAAGAGUAAAGGAGUGAGAAUCAGGGAUAUCGAUUCCGGUAGCGAGUACUUAGUUGGUGCAGACGCACUCAUCGGUGCCGCAGGACCCUAUUCAGACCUUCUUAUUUCUAUGGAUAAGUCCGAAAAUGGUUUACCCGAUCCAGAAGCUCUCUCCCACCCAAGGAUGGUGGUACCUUCGGGUGGUGUCCACGUUAUUCUCCCAGAAUGGUAUUGCUCUGAGGAUCAAGGUUUGCUUGACGCAUCUACACCUGAUGGCAGAGUCAUGUUUUUUCUUCCCUGGCAAGGAAAAGUCCUUGCUGGAACCACCGAUGUGCCUCUAAAGAAGGUUCCUGAAAAUCCAGUGGCAACAGAACAAGAAAUUUCUGAUAUCUUGGGAGAGUUACAACACUACGUGAAGUUUCCCGUUAGAAGAGAGGACGUGCUUAGUGCCUGGUGUGGUGUAAGGCCUUUGGUUAGAGAUCCAUCCACGGUUCCAGAAGGUGAAGUGGUCGCUUCAACUCAGGGUAUUGUGAGAAAUCAUCUUGUAUACGAACUGCCUAACGGUCUCAUUACUAUAACUGGUGGUAAAUGGACUACAUACCGACAGAUGGCGGAGGAUGUCAUUGAUUAUACUAUUCAGCACGUUUCUACUUUGAACGAGAGGUUUGCUACUAGGCCUUGCACUACCAAGCAUAAUAAAUUGGUUGGUGCUGACAGCUAUGAUCCUACCUUUUUUUGUCGCUUGGCUCAACAGUAUCAUCUUACAGAGACGUUAGCCAAACAUUUAGCAAGCAACUAUGGUGAUAGAGCUCCUAUAAUAUGUGAAUUAUUUCUGCGGUAUCCAAGAUUAAAAGCUCCCAUUGGUCUACCAAGGCCAGAGGGUCACGAUUAUUCAUAUGAUGACUUCAAGUAUCCAUUCACCUUGGCCGAAUUAUAUUACUGCCUAGAUUACGAGCAUGUCAGACAUCCUAUUGAUUUCUUAGCGAGAAGAUGCCGUCUCGCCUUUCUCGACGCAAACAAGGCUCUCAAUGCAGUGGACGAAGUUGUCGACGUCAUGGCUCGCAGAUAUGGCUGGAGUUCAUCGAAGAAAACACAAAUGAAGCAGGAAGCCACUGACUACAUCGAGGAGAUGGGCCUUGUGCCAAACAAGACAUCAUACGGUAAAGUAGAGUAA